GAUUAACAAAAAAAAGAAAUAACGUACAUAUUUUGGCAGGACACUUAAUUACAGUCUAACUAGUACAAAAUGUUUCGGUAGGACACUUGCACCCGAGGAUCAAGCGGAGCAAGGACCGCAAGGAUCGCUUUUUAGCAGUGGCCUUUCAAACAGACGGAAAACACAGUUUUUUUCGACGUAUUUCCUCCUUCAUUAAACUAACUCAAAUUUAACAUCGCAGUGCACUUUUAAACCGAGAGGUAUAAAAAAAUACAUCUCUAAUUUCUAAGACGCACAACAACACAGGCACUGUGACGUCACGCAGUAAUUAGGUCACCACCAUGGCUGGCCGGCAGGCUGGCGAAGAAGCUCCGCGAUAUGUCCCAGAUAUACCAUAUCCAAUUCGACUAAAACUGUGUAGAGCACUCGACGCCGAUAAAGGAUGGGAAGAUCUAGCUGGGGAUCUCCAAUAUGCACUGACAGAUAUACUGCUAUUCAAUAACGCCUACAUGCGUCCAGGCGGGAGCCCGACCAACGAACUGCUGACAAGCUGGGGACAUCGAAAUCCUUCCAUUAUAACCCUAUUUAAACUGCUGGCAAACCAUAGACGUUGUAGAGAGAUGCAACUGCUGAAAGAUUUAGUGCCAGAAGAGUACCACCGCCUAAUGGACGAAGACUUCAGUGGGAAUUUGUUUGAGAGGAGCGACAGCAGUCUAAGCAGAUGUUCCAAUAAAAGUUUUGAUGAAAACCUUCCUUUGCCGCCACAGAAUGUGGAAAAUGAUGAAACCUUGGACUACACCUACCAUAAUGUAGGUCAGCCAGCGUCAGCUCAGUCACUACAAAAUGGCUACCACAAAGACAACCGAGACCAGAACAUGAAUGAAGACAAGCUGAAAGAUAUAUCUUACGAAAAUGAAAAAUCCAUCAAAGACAUGCUGUCGCCUCUCUUCAGUGAGGCUCAGCCAUCCUAUCCUUGUCACCCAAAUAAGAAUGCACACCAGAUGAGAAAAAUGCACCCGCAGUCGCAAGAAAACGAGGAGUUAGACUACGAGAAUGCACUGCCAGUGAUGAAGAACAGGGUUCUCCCUCACGAGCCUCAGGAGUCUGAGUGUGACUUCACUGAACCCUCCACGGGUUAUACACAGAGGCAGUCACCCCAGUCCAUUCAGUCUGUGGGCAGCGAGGGGUCGUCUCUGUCCUGCCCAGAAGAAGCCAAGAAGUAUGAUAAACUGACCCAGUUUGCAUACUCAGUCACCCCACAUUUCUCCUACAAAGAGAUAGUGGGCGCCACCGAUGGGUUUGCAGACCACAACCUUCAAGGAAAAGGAACAUUUGGAGAAGUGUACAAAGGCACUCUGAGGAAGACGGCAUUUGCAAUCAAAAGAUUAUUACAGCAAAGACAGUUUGAAGGUGAGCAAGCACGCCAGAGACACCAUCAUAUGGAGAUUAAGUCUUUGCUCAUGUAUCGCCAUGACAACAUAGUCCAGCUGAUUGGCUACUCUCUGGAUGGACCAGAAGUUUGCCUUAUCUAUCAGUUUAUGGUCAAUGGCUCCCUUGAAGAUAGGCUGGCCUGUAAGGAUGGCACUAAGCCCCUUUCCUGGCACCAAAGAUGUUCCAUAUUGAAAGGAGCGGCACGGGGCCUCCAAUACCUACACACUGCCCUGGAUAAACCUCUCAUUCAUGGGGAUGUGAAGAGUGCAAACAUACUGCUGGACAAACACUACGAGGCCCGUAUUGGGGACUUUGGAAUUGCUCAAGAGGCUCAGAAGGGGAGUGAGGGGAAAUACACUCACAUUACACAGCAAGAUGCUGGUAUAUUUGGCUCUCUGGCAUAUGCGCCCCCUGAAUUCCUUCGUAACUACCAGUUGUCAGUGAAGGGAGAUACUUAUGGCUUUGGAGUGGUUAUUUUUGAGGCAUGUUCUGGAAAACCACCAUUUGAGGAAAAAGAACACAAAGGGAGACAAAUGACAAAAUAUUUGAAAGAUCACAUGGGAGAAGUUUUGGACAUGGUGAAUGAUGACAAAGAGUUGCUGAAAGAAAAAGACCACAAAGCUGCUAAUUGGCCAGAUGACAUAUUUGUUGAGCUCAUGAAGCUGGGUCAUUACUGCAUUAUGCCCAAGAAGAAAGAGAGGCCUGAAAUGUCAGAGGUUCUGAAAAGUUUAGAAGAUGUAGAGCUGAAUGUUCAAAAAGAGAAAUACUUCCAACACAGGAGGUCUUCAAAGGAGGAUGAAAAACCGGCUUCUUCUCACAUGUCAUAUGAGGACACUUCAAGGUCUUUCCAAAUGGACCACCAUAGUUACGUGAACCCAGAGAAAAAGCUUCAGGAAGUUCCAGACUAUGUAAAUGAGAGCAGCAUUACAAAGGAUGCAGAUGACCCAAAUUUUUUCUACAGUGACCCAAAGAAAUUGGCCGAAAUAGAAAAGUUUGAUCAGGGCAAUAUUUCACACUCUGCAGAUGAUGAACGUUUUUUGGCCUAUGAUAAAAAGAAAAUUGGAGAAGACACUGUAGGUGGCAGCACAGGAGGUGGUCCACGCAGCAUGAGCCCUCUUGAAUUGCAAAAACAGUAUGAUGUUGCAAAGGAAAAAGAGACCCAGUCUGGAAAUUUUGUUACAGCUGAAAAACGGCCUGGUCUUUUGAGAACUUAUAGUCCAUUACAACUCCAAAUGAGUUAUGAUGCUAUGAAGCAACAUGGAGGUGCUAAGUCACUUGACGGACACCUGCAGGAGAAAAUUGAAAAGAAGGCCACGGAAAAUUCUGUCCCCACUUCACUGCCUGCACAGCCUCUCAAAGAUGGACGAAAGUUGGAAGUUGAACAUUAUGAGAAUAUCCCUGUACACCAUGACUAUGAAAACAUCCCAAAUUUUAGUGAAAUUCAGUUCAGCCAGCAGGGGGCAUCACAGUCACCCCAACCAAGACAGUCCACAGCCAAUUGCACUCCUGCUGAAACAACUAACAGAUCAGAAAUGGCAGUUGAGGAAGUUAUGCCACGUAAGAAAAAACUACCCAAGGCAUUUCAGCAGUAUUAUGACGAGGUUGCUGAAUUGCAGAAGGAAGUCGAAAAUAAAGAUGCCAAUGUGUUCUUUGCUGGUCUUGAGCAAAGUCAAAAUUUUCGGUCACAGGCUGUGGGGGAUAACCCAGAAUAUUACAACGAGGUUUGCCUCCAGAUGGCACUGCAAGAGCACCAAGAAAGCCAAAGUCAAAUAGGUGACAUUCAACAAUUUGAAACACGAGACACUGCUGUUGUGCAAAAGGAGGACAGCCAGCAGAGAGACACUGAUUUUGCAGAAAAGAAAAGUGAGAUUUUGGCCACAGAUUCUACCCUGGCUGAAGCCCAGAGCAUGGAGCAUAUUCAAGAGCAUGUAAUCAAAAGUGGGGACAAAACUGCCAUUUCACAGCAUCAUCAUUACACCAGCUGCAUAACAGAGUAUGUUGCAGAUGAGGGAUAUGUGCAAAAUCCUGCUUUGGGCUUGGUACAUUUUCAAGAUCCAGAAUUGGGCUUGGAGUGCACUCAGCCAAGGUUGGGUUCGCCAGCAGAUAUUGUGGAAAAUUUGAGACAGAGAAAAGAAGCACUCAUGCAGUCGGUGCAGAAAGACUUACCAUCGGUUACUGAAGACAUGGCACGUAUGACUGUCAAAACCAACACAACCAACACACCUUGAAAAAAAUAUUUUUAUAGGACUAUAUUUAUCUGCAUUUUGAUGUGAGAGCAGCAUUUAGAGGCGGGUCUUGGAUUUUGGAAAACUGUGUGUGUGUGUGUGUGUGGUGAGGGGGGAGUAGAAAAGGGGAUGCCUUCAAAGCUUAGCAGAAGGGAAGGAUGUACCUGCUGUGUCCCUUACUCCCCCCUCCCCCAAGCUACCACUGAGUACAAAGAUGCUUCUAAUGAACAGAACAGAGAUACUAAAUGCUAUAUUGGUGCUUUUGCUUUUAUACAGCUAUCUAAUGAAGAAUCUUAUUUACAGGUUAUUACCUUAACUGUGAAUAUAUAUAUAAUAUUAUAUUGUUGAAUGUAUUGUUUAUUUUUCUUAGAAAGAUGUCUGUAAUAUUUUGAUAUCACUGUAAUGUUGAAAAUUAAUAAAUUGAUAAUAAUGUGAUAUCAUUUUAAUGUAAGAUGAUUUUCUUGAGCAAUAAGUGAAGAUCAUUGACAUGAUGUAGUUCAAGCAAUAAAACUUCAUAGCCUGAUUUAUUCAUACUUUAAUAAUUGAAACAUUUAGCCAUGAUCAUAGUAAAAGGAUUACCUUUUAAGUUAAUAGGUUUAAAUAUAUUGCAACUGUUUUAAUUAUAACUGUUACUCUGAAUUGAUGUUUUAUAUAUGAUUCCUGAUAAUUGAAUGAUAUAAUUGUUAAGGAGUAGAUGUGGGGGAAUUUGAUUGAAUACUUAGGAUUUAUGAAAAUUUAGACAAAAAUUGUCAGUUGUCAUAAUUUAGUUGUUGACAACUAACAUUCUGAUGUGUCACAAGUGCUUGUUAGUCUGAAAAUAAUCCUAUCCAACAAAUCUUAGAUGACUUAAAAAAAAACCUUGGAUCCUCUUUCAGAACUUUAGUCUGAAAGUUGGUAUUAGCUAUUAUGCCAAAAUUUUAUACUUGUUCAGUUCAGGAUAAAUUGGUAAUAGUCAAAUGUUAUUAUUAUUACAUUGUAGUAUUGGUCUUAUACAUGAAACAUUUUCCUUGUUAUAAGACGGGUCCAGCAUGUCAUUCAAGUGAAUUACUACUGAUUAUUAGUAUAGGGCAAAGAAGACCUACAUUUU